AUGAAAGGCAAAAUAAUGAAGCAAUUGUAUACGAGGGCUAUUGAAAGAUUGAUCCUGUACGGAUGUCCCAUCUGGUGGCAUCAUACAAAGACGGUUCGAGUUUCGAAUAAACUUCUUCAAAUCCAGAGAAUAGUACUGUUAAGUAUUACAAAAGCGUUCAGUACAUCUCCAACAACAGCACUUCAAGUGCUGGUAGGUGCUCUCCCACUAGACCUCAAAGCGGACCAAGAGGCUAAGACGUUCAUACUAGUGCAUUUCAAAGAAGUUCCUAUCAAUACUGGACCUAUCUCAGGAGCAGAGAUAGAGGAAAAAUUUGAUAUGGGCACAACCCAUCCAGCUGAAGCUCGGAUGAUUAACUGGCAUAAAGAACUACCCACUGGGUCUUGUGUGGAGAUCUUUACAGACGGCUCGAAGACUCAGGAGCGAGUCGGUGCGGCAUUCGUAGUGUACGAUAAUAAAAUAGAAAUAACGACUCAAAGGAUCAGAUUAAAAGACAGUUCCUCAGUAUUCCAAGCGGAAGCAAUAGCCCUCAUAUCGGCAUUCAUAUGGAUAAAUGAUUAUCUAAAGCAUGCACUAAAGGAGCUCAUCACAACAGAAAAGACAUUCAAGACAAUAAACCUGAAUUGGAUCCGUGGACAUAUAGGAAUUGACGGGAAUGAAGCAGCAGACCAAGCUGCGAAAGAGGCUUCAAAUAAGGCAGAAGUGGACUGUCUACUACCAACUCCAAUCUUGGCUGCGAAAGACAGAAUCCUAAAGGAUGCGAUACAAAGCUGGCAAGAGAGAUGGGACAACUCAGAAGCGGGACGACAGACUUAUGAGUACUAUCCAAAAGUCUCCCUGAAAAGAUUAAGGACUGACUUUCCAUUAGUCAUGGCUAUAACCAAUCAUGGGAAAUUCCCUUCCUACUUUAAACGCUUCUUAAGGAGGAAUGUCAGAUGCGGCUGUGGACUUGAAGCAGAAAGAGGAGAUGCAAAACAUCUAAUAUUCCGUUGCCCACUACUUUCAGAAAUCAGAAAGGAGCAUCUUCCAGGAUUUGCAGAAAGACUCCCAUCACAAGAGCUGUUCUACAAUUCAUUAUGCGCCAAACGAAUAAAACUCAUGAUGAAUUAUGUCAUCAAAAACGAGGAUAGAAUAAUUGUGGAUACCUGA